UGUGUAAUCCAAGAAUCUUGAAUACCUCUGAGACAUUGUUUUCAAUUGUUAUGUAUCUUUAAGCUUAGUUGUUCUGUUUCAGUUUGUCUGAUUUGGUUGCUUAGUGUGUGUGUAUUCAUCAGAUUGUGUUAGGUGUAGCUCUUUCAUUUUCUAGGGAUUGAUAUCGUAAAGUUGAUUUAUGGGAUGUGGUUUAGUAUUUAGACUUGGAUGUGGUUUAGUAUUUAUGGGAUGUUGCUCUUUAAGCUUUAAGUUUCUAGUUUCUUCAUCAAUCGGAAUAUAGAAUUUGGUUAACCGGUACACUUUGUGGGUUAGUGUCUCAUGUAAGGGAAUUCUUAAUGGUUCUGUCUUGGAAUUGUUGGGAACCAUAGUGCUUGAUAUGUUUUCAGUGUAGGAAGUAGGAACAACGCGGUUUUCUUAUAGGUUUAACUGGCCUUUAGCAGAGAUAUCAUUCUUAUGAUGAGUGGCGAUACAUUAGUAAGAUGAAACUGUGCAACGAGUUCAUAUAAUGGUUAAGUUCUGUCAGUGACUCAGUGCACACAGAGAGGAAUUAGCUGGGGAAUUUGGAUGUACAUGGCACUAAGUGGCAAUCUUUUUCAACAUGAACAGCCAGAAUCCUAUUGAUCAUGAGGACACAACGGUUGUUGGAUUUGAGGUACCUGUAUCGCCAGUUUCAAGUUACAACAACGUGUACUCCGCAGCAGAAGAUGAGACGAGAGAUCCCCCAGCUGUACCGCCACAUCUUCAACACUCUCUGUUAGGCAAUUCGGGUAGCAUGGAAUUGGCUUGUGCACCACAGAAUGUCGUCCUGAACCAUCUCUAUAUCGAAAACCGAGACGCACCAAGAUCAGUUGUAGCACUUGGUUUCUCGCAUAGGUUCAGAUCUAAGUUUGUCACUGUGGUGAUAUACAAGCCUGUCCAAAGAAGAGGGAACGCUAGUGUUUGAAUGAUGUGAUGAUGCCUCUAUUGAAAUAGUAGUGUUGGGGAUCUUGCUGCUUUGUGGAUUUAAUUUGGUAUACAAACUAGCUGAUCCAGAAGACUAAAUUUUUCAUCUUCUCUUUACCGAUUUGGUUUAGAAGGUUUCUUCUAGGUAAUUCUAUUGAAAUCAUCAUUGUUCGAAGUUUAUAUAAAAAAGUUUUAGGGCCACAAGCUGAUGGACUUGGGCAUUGUCUCUGUUUGUAAUAAUAACUCCCUUAUUAGAUUGGGUUGGUUAACUGAGUUCCAAGUAUAUCUCUUAUUGAAGUUGUGUAUUUUAGUGUUUUACUCA